UAGUUUGCCGCAAUACCGCCAGCGAACGACUCCUCGCCGUCGCAGCCCUCCCUGCCCCGCGCGCGCGCCGCCUCUCGUCACCAGUGCUCUUCGCCGGCACCAUCGACUCCUCGAAUCUGUCACAUAUACCUGAGGCAGGUCCGGUUGCUGAUGGUGGCCAUGGCGAGGAAGGACGAGGAAGAGGGGCCCGCGGACCGCGUGCCGCACCUGCCGUGGAUGCGGUACCCCGUCGACAUCGACGCCUUCUCCGGCUGCCCCGUCGCGAAGCUUCCCCGCCUCGACCCGAGACUGGCAGAGGCUGUGCAGAGAAUGGGAAUCGAAUCGUUUUUCCCUGUUCAAGAAGCAGCUUGGGUGGAAACGGUUGGUCCUGGUGCUUUUGAGAGGGAUGUCUGUAUUAACUCUCCAACUGGAUCUGGAAAAACUCUUGCUUAUGCCCUACCUAUUGUGCAAAUGCUCUCUACACGGAAAGUAAGGUGCUUGCGUGCACUGAUUGUGCUUCCUACACGGGAUUUAGCCUUGCAGGUUAAAGAGGUUUUUGAUGCUAUUGCUCCUGUGGUGGGCUUGUCAGUAGGUUCAGCAGUUGGUCAAUCGUCUAUAGCAGAUGAAGUUUCCAAUCUUGUCAGGAAGCCCAAACAAGAGCUUUACCCAACUAUCGAUGAAGAAUAUGUCAAAAUGGAACCGCAAACUAAAGUUGAUAUAUUGGUGGCAACUCCUGGAAGACUGAUGGAUCACAUUAAUAUGACAAACGGUUUCAGUCUGGAGCAUCUUCAGUACCUGGUCAUUGAUGAGACAGAUAGGAUGUUAAGAGAGGCUUACCAAUCCUGGUUGCCAACAGUUAUCCAACUUACACACUCAAUUGGCCAAGAUCGUUCCUGGCACGACACUGAUGGGAAAACUCUACUUCAUCCAUUGACUACUAUUAGAAGAUUGGGUGUUGAGCGUGGGUUUAAAGGUAAAUGCCAUCCAAGAUUAGCAAAGAUAGUUUUGUCUGCUACACUGACUCAAGAUCCUAGCAAGCUUUCUCAACUCGAGUUGCACCACCCCUUGUUGUUGAAUAGUGGGAAGAAGCGUUAUAGAAUUCCUACAAAACUUGAGUCCUACAAACUGAUCUGUAAAUCAAACUUAAAGCCGCUGUCUCUCAUUGUUCUUCUCCAAGAGCUGCAAGGGAACAAGUGCUUAGUUUUUACCUCAUCUGUAGAAUCAAGCCACAGACUAAGCACGUUGCUGGGUUUUUUUGAAGACUUGCCCUUUAAAUUUAGUGAAUAUUCACGAUUGCAGCGAGAAUCUACUCGAAGGAAGACACUGGAGGCCUUCAAGGAAGGGGAAAUCGAUGUUCUAAUUGGUACCGAUAGAAUGGCUCGUGGAAUACAUAUUGAUGGUUUAAGAUAUGUUAUCAAUUAUGAUAUGCCACCAUAUGUGAAAACAUAUAUACAUCGAGCGGGUCGGACUGCAAGAGCAGGGGAGUCUGGUUCCUGCUACACCUUUUUAAGAAAACAUGAGGUUAAAACUUUUGACAAAAUGCUCAAGAAGGCUGACAAUGCUAGCUGCAAUCUUCAUUCAUUGCCUGAGGAAUCAAUAGAAACACUUCGUCCAGUUUUCUCCAGUGCUCUGAAAAAACUGGAGGAGUCUCUGGAAUCAGAAGCAGGAAAGAAAUCUAAUUCAGGAGAUAAAAUUCCAAGUGGUUCUAAACGAAAGAGAACAAACCAGAAGUGAAGCAAUAGAUUAGCUUUAGUUCUGAAGUGUUGAUGUCGCAUCUGCAUUUGCUACACAGAUUUGAUCCGAGAAUGAAACCUUGAAGGAUCCUACCUGUGCAGAAGAUCUAAUUUCACAAGCUUAUUAAUUUUACUGCUGUACUACUUUUCAUUUUGGCAGCCAGCAUGGCUUGUUAAUAUCUGGGUGGCAUAAUUUCAGUUUCCUACUUUUCUGUAUGCCCAUAUCAUCUAGGUAGUUCUGAGCCCCAACAAUUCUGUAACUGGCUCGUCGUUCAUUAUGGAUACCCAAAGUAAGACUGAUGAUUUCAUAUGUUUGCUGUGCAAUGUGCUGUCCUAUCUCCGCGCAGCUUUCGCCAUACUGCAACAGGUCGAUCCAUUUUGAUGAAUGGCACAGUAAAUUUCUUGGUCUUUGGAGUUUUUACAGUUGGAAAAGUAUCCUUCUUUCCCUUCUGUGGUGUUCAUCAUUCAGUGUGCAUUUAUGGCUGGAAGGAGGCCACCCCCAAAGAAAAAGUUUGGUACCUUCACAUCAAUGUAUCGGGCACUCGUAACCUUUCAGUUAUGCUUUACACUUGGAAUAUUCCUUUCUGUCUUUGUCAAUAAAACAUUUUUUACUCAA